AAUAAAACGGAUUUAGAAGCUGCCCAGAGGACUUUAACGCGGCUUUGAUAAAACGCGCACGCGCACGCACAGGCCGACACUUUCACGGAGUUUGUUGUUGUCGUGUUUGUUGUUCGUAUCUGGCGCCAGGACAGUUUUCGACUGAACAUCAUGCAGUUGUUUGUUUGUGGUCAAACUUUGCACUCUAUUCAUCUGAAUGGAUCAGAGACUGUUGCCCAAAUCAAGGCUCAGAUUGAAGCUUUGGAGGGCCUGGCAUGUGAGGAUCAGAUGAUUUCUGUCUGCGGGGUUCCUCUGGAGGACGAGACUCUGAUCUGUCAGUCUGGGAUUGAGGAGUUCAACACUCUUCAGGUCUCUUCGAGGCUGUGCGGAGGCAAAGUCCAUGGUUCCCUGGCAAGAGCAGGCAAAGUCAGAGGACAGACUCCCAAGGUAGACAAGCAGGAGAAAAAAAAGAAAAAGACCGGCAGGGCAAAGAGAAGAAUUCAGUAUAACCGACGCUUUGUCAACGUUGUCCCAACAUUUGGCAAAAAGAAAGGACCAAAUGCCAACUCGUAAUUUGCUCUUCAAAAUGAGUGUUUUUGCAUUCCUAAAUAAUUUAUAAACAAUAUCAGGUAAUUAACAAUAAUUCAUAAAAAAAUAUUUUAAGCACUUCAUGCGCUAUAAUGAUUAAAAUGUUGAUUGAUUAAUAUGAUUAAAACUAUAAUGAGAUAAUUACUAAAUCACCUGGAAAGAAAGAGGCCUUAAAAGUUGCAAAUAAAAACAUUUAUUGAAAUAUCA